AUGGCCAUGGACGCGCGUGCGCGCCUGAGCGCCCUCCGCGAGCUGAUGCGCGAGCGCAACAUCGGAGUCUAUGUCGUUCCGUCCGGAGACGCCCAUUCGUCCGAGUAUCUCGCUCCGUGUGAUGCACGCCGCGCCUUCCUCACGGGAUUCACUGGGUCUGCAGGUCUCGCGGUGGUCACGCAGACCGAGGCGCUGUGCUGGACUGACGGACGCUACUUCCUCCAGGCUGGUAACCAGCUUAGCAGCGACUGGACGCUAAUGAAGGCCGGCCUGCCCGAGACGCCGACGUGGAACAACUGGCUCAAGGAGCUUGGUCCGACUACGCGUGUCGGCGUCGACCCCACUGUCAUCAGCGAGAAAGAGGCUGCUCCCCUCGCAACUGCCCUCGCAACUGACCCGACCCGCGCGCUAGUUCCUAUCAGGGACAACCUGGUCGACGCGAUCUGGGCCGAGCGCGCCUCACGUCCUGCCAACCCCAUAUUCCAACUGGUGGACGAGUACGCUGGCCAGAGCGUGGGCGACAAGAUCAAGGCGUUGCGCGAGAAGCUCACCGAGAUAGGAUCCCCGGGUUUCGUGGUCAGCGCGCUCGACGAGGUCGCGUGGCUCUUCAACCUCCGCGGCUCGGAUAUUCCCUACAACCCUGUCUUCUUCGGAUACGCGAUUGUCACGCGGCACGACGCGACACUGUUCGCGAACCCCGCCUCCAUAACGCCGGAGGUUAAGGAGUACCUCCAGAAGAACAACGUCGCCGUGCUUGACUACGACAAGGUGUGGCAGGCACUUGAGAGCUGGAAGGUCCAGCUGAGUGGCGAGCGUGUCGAGAAGGAGGCGGCGGACAAGGCCGCCAAGGAGGCUGCCGUCGCUGCGGCCGAGCACGGCGAGGUGCCCACCAAGGUGCCUGCGUCCGAGCCCGCUGUGGCCAAGAAGGAGGAGAAGAAGGACCCCAAGCUCGUCAAAAGCGACAAGGUGUUAAUUGGGAACAGUGCCAGCUGGGCCAUUGCUGACGCCCUCGGCAAGGACAACUUCGAGGUGCGGCGCUCGCUCAUCGAGGACGCCAAGGCGCGCAAGAAUGCUACGGAGAUUGAGGGUUUCCGCCGCGCGCACAUCCGCGACGGUGCGGCGCUCUGUCGCUACUUUGCAUGGCUUGAGGAGGCGCUCGGCAACGGCGAGCAGUGGAACGAGUUCGACGCGUCCAAGCAGCUCGAAAGCUUCCGCAAGGAGAACAAGCUGUUCAUGGGGCUCUCGUUUGACACGAUCAGCUCGACUGGCGCCAACGGAGCGAUCAUCCACUAUUCGGCCAGCGAGACCAACUCGUCAAUCAUCGACCCCUCCAAGGUCUACCUCUGCGACUCGGGUGGCCAGUACAUGGACGGCACGACUGACACGACGCGCACCGUGCACUUCGGUACGCCGACUGCGGCCGAGAAGCGCGCCUUUACCCGCGUGCUGCAGGGCCUAAUUGGGCUGGACACGGCCGUCUUCCCGGCCGGCACGACUGGAUUUGUGCUGGACGCGCUGGCGCGCCGCCCGCUCUGGCUCGACGGCCUCGACUAUCGUCACGGCACUGCACACGGUGUUGGCCACUUCCUCAACGUUCACGAGGGACCGCAGGGUAUUGGACCCCGGCCGGCGUAUAACGAGAUCGGACUCCAGGAGGGCAUGGUCCUCUCCAACGAGCCGGGAUACUAUGAGGACGGGUCGUUUGGCGUGCGUACCGAGAACGUCAUGGCUAUCCGCCAUGCGACGACGCCAAAGAACUUCGGCGAUAAGGGAUACCUCGAGUUUGAGAACUUUACCACUGUCCCCAUCCAGACUAGCCUCCUCGACCUUGGGCUGCUGACUGCCGCCGAGACCGAGUGGCUCAACACGUACCAUGCCGACGUACUGGCCAAGGUGCGUCCCGAGCUCGAGGGACACGGCGACGCGCGCGCCAUCGCCUGGCUCGAGCGCCACUGUGUGCCGGUGUAG